AACCUGCACCACUGUCCCAUUUCCACUCCAUCUCGGGCUGCACCUUGCGGCGGAGGGGUUGAUGCAGAUGCAUCAUGCAGCGCUGUACCGAAGGCAAAGUGGUGUCUGGUGUAGCCACCAACAUGGGACAUAAAUGUAGGCACCUGCAUAUUUAUAUUGUAGUCCGCUGCAAGAAGUGGUAAUAACUUUUCUGUCCAUUUGUACUUUAAGGAUGCCGGCAACAUGGCGAGGAAAGCCGCAGUCAUCAAAGUUUCUUUUUUCUUUCUUCUGGACUCGCGUUACAGCACUUGCCGGAUAUGCCCGAAAAGGGAGGCGAUAUCAUGCCAAUUGAUGCACUUGAUUACGCGAGCAUUCGGCAGCCCAGCGUUCCUCUUUGCCGGGUUGGACCGAUCAUUGUGUCGGAUUUCGAACCGGCUGUCUGGAAUCGCCGCCUUAACACCUUUGACUUUCUGGAAAAAGAUGGUCAGAGCAGACAUGGACCUUGCCACAGGGGUAAACACAAACUCGGGACAGCACUUGAAGACUACCUCCCAGUGAUGCCCAGUAUCGAAGCCACAGUCUCAUGGCCUGCCUAGAAAAUAUACCGGUCCUCUCAGUUUCCCAUCCGAGAACUUGUCGGCCUUUGGAGUGUUACAGGACCGAGAUUAGUCGCAGCGGCCAGAGGGUAUCGGGUCCUAGGUGAGUCGCCGGGUGACUAUCGGCUUUUGGGAGGCAGGGCGGACUGGGCGGCUUAACGUCAGUAUCGAAGUUACGACCGGUUCAACUCGGGUGCGGGCCAUGAUUUUUUCUCUCUUCAAACUCAACGAAACUCUUACUUGACGCU